UGCGAUUCUAGCCAGCAAGGCAUACAAGGAAGAUCGCCUACGGUGCUCUCGAGGUCUCCACGGGAGAGGCUUAGAGAUGUAACACUACGCUAUGUUGUCAAUUACACUUUCACGUGCUUUCCAAGCAUCUAUUAGCGACCAAAUGUGCGGUUCCGGCCUCAAAGUCCUGGUGUUAGAUGCGCCAAUCUUUGCGGCAGGACUUCGGACUAUGGUGUGCAUUACAACCUUUACCAGCUUUAAGCAAUCUGUCCCCGGAUAUCAUAGUUACAGUUAAUAGCUGAAUCGGCGGAAAACAACACGCAAAAUCACAUUUACCGUCGGCUACUUGCAUGCACGCUGCAGUUACUAGAGACGAGUUAUCUACCAUUUACCUUGAUAUAUACCGUAGAUCUCCGACGCCACCAUAGAGGGGUAAAGUUGCACUUUUCCUUUCCGGUGCAGUCAUGCUUGCAUGCUUAUCACUGAAAAUUUCCAAUACCUCUUCUCACGGAUGGCCGUAUUACUUUCGACUUUUCAUCGCUCUUCAUAUCUUCUUCAAGAGACAAUCACGAUCACAGAAUCAGUCUAAUCAACCAUGGCUGACGAAAUACAAGAGUCUCAAAAACUCCAAGAAAUCUCUACCACAUCACCGGAAGCGGUAACGCCAAGUACGCCUUCAGAUUUGCAGGCCUUGGAGGUUUCGGAAGCUCCCAGCUUAUCGUCGACUGUCGAGAACCCAAAGUCUCACAAGAUCGGACAGACACUGUUCAGAGAAACAGGAGGAGGACUGUCUAUCGAACAUCGGGAAGACUCUACUAUUGAAGGUCUUGUUGCAUUUCUAUCGAAGCCUGCUACAGGAGAGGACUAUGCUCUUCGUAUCUUCUUUCUCCCGAAAAUAUAUGACAAAGGCGAAAAGGAGGGCGGGGUAAUCGCCAAGCAAGCCGAAGACCUCGCCAAGGCUCUUCGCAUAGAUCCAGUCUUCUUAACUGAAAGCGCCUGGGAUUCUAAUGGCUUUUUCAUGAGUCAAACCAAACAUGAAGAAAAUGGCUUAUCAAUUCAGAGUGACAUUUCGCGAUUUCUCAUCAAAUUUCUCAAGAAGCAGGGCGACAAGGAAGAGGACGAUCGCCCAGAAUACGGCUGGCUGUAUCUGUCAUUCUGUGCCAUAUCUUUGAAGCAUGAUGAUGGGGCCAGAAACACAAAUAUUUUGGUAUGCUUUGAUGACUGCAGCAAAAUUAGGAAAGAUAUCGAAUACGCGUUUGAGGGGUACUGUUGGAGCCUUCUUUCACAGAAUCUUUUAUCCGUGCAUGAUGCUCUCCUUCGUCAAAUUAUUUGGCAAUAUGACCGAGCUCUCUGGCUUUUCCGUGGCCCUAUCCGGGAGAUUGAACAGGGUAGAGAUGAAUUUUCAAACGGACUGAAUACGAAAAUAGGUGUAACCAUACCAGGUCCGAAUAGCAGAGGCGUGAUAGGCCGUUAUGAUGAUAUGCACGAAUACGCCCGACAUGUAAUUCAUAGCAGCGAAACCUUACAGGCUGCAUCAGCUGUGGCCAACAAGAUAAUAGAUCAUUUCGAAAGGCAGAAUACAUCUGAAAAAAAUGACUUCGGCAAAAGUGACAAUAUUCUCAAUGGAUUGCGGUUCUCAGCCCAGUUUCUGAUGAAUCUGAAGCUGCGUGCCGAUGCUUUCAAAGAACGACUGAAUAAUGAGAUUCAGUUGUCCUAUAAUGUUGUCAGUUUAUAUCAACUACAAGAUACGAAGCGACUGCUUGAAAAGACCCAGGAGCUUCUCAAUCAAUCGAAGGAGAUUCUGCAGGAGACACGCGACGAUGCGAAAGACGUCAUAGCUACUGUCACAUAUCUCUCGCUAUUAUUCGUACCCGCAUCGGUUGCAACAAGCUUCUGGGGGAUGAAUCUCAUCGUGCUGAAAGAGGAUACGAAAAGUGUCGAGUACACGGAUCUGUGGAAGUUUGUCGUAUCAGCUAUUGCGUUAAUAGUGUUUUCCGUCCUCCUCUGGGCGUCCAUCCAUUACUUGCAUUGGGAACCAAGCCUUCGGUCGGGUAAAAUUAUCCGUUUCAAACGUCGCAAGACCAAUGGUCCUUGAAAAUCGGCACGAUCGGUGAUGAGCGACACCAUGGAAGUCAGUUGAGGCUUGCCAUAGAAUAUCGCAGACUUUCCGUCAUAAAUCUCCGAAUCUGCUGCAAUGGAGUAGAUGAAUGCUGUGCAGGAAGUGAUAUUACUGGCACAGCUUUUUUAUAUUGUAAUUUGAAAAGUAUCAAAACCAAAAAGAAAGUAUUCUUGCACCUCAUUGUUGACACAGGCGGUGCCUAUUAAAACAGAAACACCAAUUAGGGGGCUCUCAUAAGUAACAGCGCACUAUGCUAGCUCAUAUCAUAGCCUGAGACUAUCGUGCACAACUCAAUAGUUGGCGGGUCAGCCGGAGUCAGUCCAUUAACCUAUGUAGGUAC